UACUUCCGCAGCUUCCCUUGUUAAACUUUCGAUUCUCUGCGUAACUCGAAUUAAUUUUCAUUUUCUCUAACUAUGUAUUUUAACAAAUACAUUUUUCUCUCGGUAUGUCGGUAGUUAAUAAAAAUAAAGAAAAUAUUUUGAAGUUAGCAUACAUUUCCAUAAGAAUGGAACAGUAUAGCCGUUGUUUAUAAUGAACGAAAAAAGAAGUGCCCGCUAAGGGAUUAAUAUUGUACAUUCAAUUAACACUUCGAAAUGCAUGCAUUCAUAGUUAACUGAAGCAGCACUGUUACAACCACUGUCUGACACUUGAUCAUGUUCCCCUCUCCUUGCACGGUGACAUCACGACACAGAGAACUGGUCAGCAAGAGUGGUUCAGUCCGCUGGUUGACAGACGGUGUACGUCGUGGGAUUUUCAUUUCCUUUCUAUCGUCGUAGCAGGUCUAUUCAGAUCUAAAGAUGGAGCCCGAGGAUGAAUCUUUACAAACGCACCUUUUGCACGACUAUACUACCGCGCCAGCGAGAUCCCAAAUCAUUUAUAAAUUACUACUGGACAGCUUACGUUCAAAGGACAUUAGAUCAUUCAAGAGUUUGAUCGAGCAAAGUUUGAAAAAACAACCGUUCAGUAUCGAUAUAAAUCAUCCAUAUGCAAAUCGAUCGGAUGAGACUUGUUUAGAUAUCGCGUGUAAAAAUGGCCUUUCGGAAUUUGCCAAGUUUUUACUGGAAAAAGGAGCUAAAGUGAACAGAGUCAAUCAAGCUCACAACCGUGGACCAAUUCACUUUGCCACGGAAAAUGGAUACGUCGAUACUCUUCGCGUACUCCUAGACGAACCUACGAUAAAUCCGAAUUUAGAAGCUGGGCAACAAACUGCUCUGCACAUGGCUGUGAAGAAAAACGAUUUGAACUGUGCAGAAUUACUUCUAGAAAAAGGUGCCAGCCCCAAUAUUCCAAAUAAUAAAGGAUUGACGGCUCUCCAUAUGUCGGCUAUGAAAGGUCAAAAGGAUAUGGUGAAUCUGAUCCUGCAGAAAUCGACACAUGUUCUAGACUUGGAUAAUUAUAAAGACUAUAAUAAUCAAACAACUAGAGACAUCCUAGAAAAGAAGCUACCUGAUAUUCCGCUUCCUGCCGUACAAAAAAGAGGCGUAAACGUUCAUGAUUUGAAAUAUUAUUUAAAUGCAAACGACGAAGCUAAUUUCUUGAAGUGCUUGAAGCUCGUUCAAGACGAUGUAGUAAACAACGUUGCAGAAGAUCUAAUUGAAAUGGCUGUUCAACGAAAUUUCAAAGAUACGGUCGUUGCGUUGCUGGAAAGGACCAAGAGAUGUUGUUGCAAUUUGGUAAAACCCGCGAACAUAGCGAUUCAACAAGGUUUACCAGAUAUCCUCCUUCAAAUAUUAAACAUGGAUUCUGAAAUUGAUAAGAAUAUGUUGCUUUUAAAUGCUUGUAUGGAAUUGGGUAUACCAGGAAAGGAAGGAUCAGAGAAUAUGUCCAAUCAUUUGGAAUGUGUGAAGAUCAUUCUUGAAAGAGAUGACGUAGACGUACGAUGUGUAGAUAGUAAAGGAAACACUCCAUUACAUUAUGCAGCCAGAGCAAAUUGUCGCGAAGCAGUAACAUUAUUACUGGAAAAAGGAAGUUACAUUGGUCACAUGAACAACUUUGCAAUACCACCUGUUGCAGAUAUUUCCGUUUCUACAUUAUCCCAAUAUUUCGAUAACUGUAUCCAAGCUAGGAAAGAACGAACAAAUGAGUACACUAUCGAGUUCAAUUACAAAUGUCUGAUGCCUCAUGAUUCGCCUUACCAAGAAAAAAAUUUGAACGAUCAUGGGAAACGAGAGAUGGAUAUUUUCCGAUACAUUGCCGACAAUACCAGUUUGAAGCAUUUGCUGAAGCAUCCUCUUCCAUCUUCAUUCUUGUAUCUGAAAUGGCACAAGAUAAGACAUCUUCUUUUCUUGAAUUUUGCCUUCUAUGUUCUCUUUUAUCUAUUUUUGAAUGCAUAUAUCUUACACGUAACUUAUACAAAGGAUCCAGAACUGGCGACAAACUCCAGCGAUUCAAUCGAUAAAUCAAUGCAAUCAAUGUCCGUCGACGUUUUACAAAUAUUCACAGGAAUUUUAUUAACGCUCUUCGCGCUCAGGGAGAUCCUUCAGUUGAUCUCGUCUCCUUGUCAUUACAUAUCUAGUUUUGAAAAUUGGGUAGAAAUGACUCUGAUAUUUUUAGGAUUCGCUAUAUUAUGUGGAGCAGGCACGCAAGUUGCUGCUAUAACCAUACUGUUAUCUGCUUGGGAACUCGUUAUGCUUAUUGGUCAACAUCCGCGAAUGUCUACCGGUAUCGAAAUGUUCAAAACUGUAUCCCUCAAUUUCAUUCGUUUUCUCUUUCUUUACGCGUUUCUCAUACUAGCCUUCGCUUUGGCUUUCUUUACUCUGUUCAAAGACGAUGACGACGAUAACUUCCCUGAUCCUGGACACUCGUUGUUCAAGACCAUCAUUAUGCUCACCGGAGAAUUUGAUGCCAAUGAUAUUCCUUUUGUAUCGCAUCCAGUUUUGAGUCAUUUCGUGUUCAUUUUAUUUGUUUUCCUCAUCGCGAUCGUGUUGUUUAAUUUAUUGAAUGGUCUAGCUGUGAGUGAUACAGCAGAGAUUCUUGAAAAGGCAGAAUUAGUAGGAUUGAUUUCUAGGAUACAAGUACUUGCUUAUAUUGAGAACAUCGCAGUUGGUGCCCCUUUUACACAUGGACCACAUUGUUGCAUUUGUUAUGGUUUUUUGCAUAAGUGGAAGUGGAAUCCAUUCACAUUCCUUGGCGAAAGAGUACUUCUUUUCCCGAAGUAUUUGAAGAACGGCAUGUUGAGCGUUAAACCUUAUGAUAGUCUGGAAGCCUUCGGUUAUAGGAUGUACCAUAACGGACAUUCAGACAAAAACUCAAAGGAUAAAGUGUUUCCUACUUUUAAGAUGGAUCCUACUGUUAUUAAGCGAGCCAAAGAAAUUUUGUCAAAGAAAGGCCAGGAAUCAGAAACAGAGAAGGUAAUUAAAGAGUUAGAGGCAAUGAAGGAAAGAUUAGCUUUAAUGGAAAUCAGUUUAAAUGCCAUAAAGCAAGGAAUUGAAAAUAAUAAUUUUAAUGUUGCCAGAGAAGAUGAAAAUUAAAGUAUUAAUAUUGUAACAUUUAUUAUUUCUAAUGUAUUGUUGGAUACGUUAUCAGUGCCUACAGAAAACUGAAGUAGUAAUUUUAUGUAUCAUUAAGUGUCGUUUAAAAUUGACUUUUUCUAAAUUAAAUUUAAUAAACUAUUUAAUUGUACACAAAGUUGCUCGUGUAUCCAGUUAAUUAAAAGAUGUAUGCAAGACUCAUCCUUACAAAUCUUUCUGCAAAGACUGAUAUUAAGACUGAAUCAAUUUUAAAUGUAACAUCGUAUAUACUAUUUCACGGAAAUGCGAUACAUACGCGUGUAAAACAUUUGGCAUAUUAUACAUAUAUGUGAAUAAUUAAAUAGUUUAUCAAAACAAUUGAGAUUAAGAAUUACAUAAUGCAA